CAAACGUAGGUUCCAUUUCUUCUCCAACUCUCUCUGCCGUCCGAUCUCUCUGUGUGUUAACUCACUCUCAAAACACCAAGCUUUUUUAAUCCCAUCAUCAUAAAGCCCGCCAAAUACAAAAAUUAAACGUCUUUUUCUUCUCUACUUAGAAAUCAAACGAACCAAAAUUCAAAAAAAAAACAAAAAAAACAAAGAUUCUGAUCCGCCUGUAAGGUCAACUAUCAAGUCAACUAAGGGUUUUUGAGUAUGGCGGAAGCUCCGGCGAGUCCAGGAGGUGGUGGAAGUCAUGAUAGUGGUGGUGAUCGGAGCCCUCAAUCGAACGUGAGGGAGCAGGACAGGUACCUUCCGAUCGCGAAUAUUGGUCGCAUAAUGAAAAAGGGAUUGCCUACUAAUGCAAAGGUAGCUAAGGAAGCUAAAGAUACUGUUCAGGAAUGUGUAUCUGAGUUCAUCAGUUUCAUUACCAGCGAGGCAAGUGACAAGUGUCAGAAAGAGAAGAGAAAGACGAUUAAUGGAGAUGAUUUGGUAUGGGCACUGACCACGUUAGGAUUUGAGGACUACAUUGAGCCACUAAAGGCCUAUUUGGUUAGGUACAGAGAGAUGGAGGGAGUAAAUAUAUCAGAAAGCGGAGUUGCUUUUAUAUACUGCAGCAGACCGUCUACUAGGAGAGAGUAAAUCCUAGUAGUUCAUUCUAAUUUUUUUAAGGAUCUGAUUCGGUGAACCUCCCGCCUGAUAAACCUAAAUCUAACUUAAAGAUGGCUAUACCCUUUUUUUCUUUUCUUUUCAAUGUAUAUGAUAUUACUUUCCUAUUUCAGAUUCAUUUAGUUUGUAUUUGUGAUGAAAUAAGAUAUCCAGAACAAAUUACAUCUCCGAUAUCAAAUUUAAUGUUUCCAAGAUACUUGAUAUUAAAUAAGUCUUCGAGAAAAUCCUAGAGUGUCAUCAAUCAGCAAAGUUAAGUAUGUACUUGAACUCUGCAUAAAUUUUGCUGUCUUUAUUUUACCUUAAAACAUUUUUGCUUCCAUGUCAAAAGGGUAAAAAAUCUUUAAUUUAUCUCCGGUGCACUUGUAUAAGAGCAUGAUAAUAACACGUUUAGUACUUGAUUAUAUAUCUUUUCGCCUAAAACUACUAAGCCCUAAAUAAAUAAUCAAUAAACAAAAAAGAAAACUACUAAGCCCUAAAUUGUCUAACAUUUCAACUUUGAGCAUUUUAUGUGAGAGAACUAGUGAAAUGUGUUCAUUCCAUCUUUUCAUUUGUGAUAUUAACCAUUGGAGGACCUCAUGAAUGCCUCGUCCAUGGAGUAAAAGAAAUCACUAAUAAAAAUGAGAAUUACUUGUCAAAAAAGACAAUCAAUUGCUGAAAGAGAAUUUUCAAACGCCAAUAACCAAAACAUGUGGCAGAGAUAUCUUAUUCGGAAUGAGGGAGUAUGUAAAUAAGGUUUCAUUUCCCGAGGAAGGUUAACUUUGAAGUCUUUGAUUUAAGGGAAUUGCUUUCCAAUUAUUCGUUUGGCCUAGAGACCUAUUGGAGUCUAGUUAGGGAAUAGGAAAUGCUGGAAAACAGGAAGCUACUAUAUACCUCACAUGAUUUGGAGUUAUGAGAAUGUUUUUUACAGGUAAUGAUCAUGAAUAUUCAUCUUAAGCAACAUCUUAUCCGUCAUUUUCAGACUAAAGAGCCAGGUAAAAUAAAGUAGUUCUCAGGCACUGAGGUGGUACAAUCUAGCAGUGGAAUUCUCAUUUUGUGGAGGAACUAUGAAGAUUGACGAACAACAAACCCAAAUUUUCAGACGCUCUUUACCUUGUUUGUGAGUUAAAAAAUGAUAUUGUAGACCAAGGAAUUCGAGUGUAGAUACUUGUGGUGUCUGAAUAUCAUCUAUAAAAUAUUCUUUAUGAGAUAAAGCCAUACAAUGCACGGAAUGAAAAAAAAUGUUGUAGCACUUGUUUCAUACCAUAUGUGCUAAUGUCGACUAAUUGGGUUAACAUAAGUCUUUUCUCAACUUCUUGUUGGAGAUCCAGAGCCCUUACAAUAGCUUAAGAUUCAUACUUCCAGUGACUCUGAUUAGAUACUUGAGCUUUAGUUUGAUGUUAGCUAUCUUAGUGUAUCUCCAAAAGACUGUGAACACGGACUUGGUCUAGUCGGGUAUAUCUAGAAACCCAAUUGAGUUAAUAUUAACGGGAUCAUGAGAAGAGCAAGAUCAUUGAUGGGAUCUCAUUAAAUUGUGUUUCCCGGUGAACUAUAUUGCUCGGACUCUCCAAAAAUGUUGCCGCACCCGUGUCAAAUUCUCAAAAAAUGCACUACUUUUGGAGAAUCUCACACGCACCCCUCGACAUUUCUGAAGAAUCUGAGCAACAUAGCCGGUGAACAAAUUAUGACUUAUGAGUUAUAGUUGUGAAUCAAGAUAUAAUGAUAUAUGAGAUUUGAGAAUAUAUCUAGGAUAUGACAUACCUUAUGAUCUACUUGUAGAUCCGUAUUCGACGAGAAGCUAUAUAUUCCUAACAGACGUAUAGUGCUUAGCUCUCACAGUAUGUGGUAGCACAGUUUACUUCCCUGUAUGAAUGAAUGAUUGUGGUGAUGAGAUGAAAAUAUGUUUGUCAUAUUAGAUGAGCACUCUCAUUAAGUCUAUAAGGGUAAAUUAGUGAUUUUAGUAAUUACUGUUAAUCCUAAUAUUUUCCUAUAUAACAAACCUACAAAGUACGCUUGAAAAUAGUUUAAGGCUUGAAACACGUAUGGAACAAUUGCGCGAAAGAGAAGGAGCAAAUAUUGCUUUUAGGAAGCGUUUCCUACAUGUUUCAAGUCUUAAUAUUGUGUGUUCUUAGUUCAUAAAAUACUUUCAAGCGCAGGUGUACUUUCAUAGGAAAAUAUUAGGGCUAACCUUAAUUACUAAAAUUACUUUUUUUUAUCCUUGUAGGUUGAGCACCCCUUAUGGGUGGACUCUUAUGCAGAGUGGACAUGAUAUCCUUCAGACCAAUGAUCCACUUUAGGGUAUUGUGUUCUAAUUGGAAGAUAUCUAGUAUCUUGGAAAAGCAAAAAAGGCUAGAUGUAGUAAUUAGAUCAAGUGUAGAGGUAGAAUACUAAACAAUGACUUUGACCACAUAUGAGCUUAUAUCGCUAAACCAACUUUUCCAAGAGUUGAGGUGCUGAGAAGUGUGAAAAGAAAUUGGCCAGGUGGAAGACCCAAUAUCUGUCUAUGGGUGGCGGAUUUGUUAGGAUUUAAAUCCCAAAUCCGACCUUUGUAAGCAGGUUCCCAGGAAAGAUUGGAGGGUCACAGCUGGACCACUUAAAUACCAACCUCCUUAGACAGAACCUACUUACGCCGUGAUGUAAGCGAAGAAUAAAUAGCACACACAGAUUUAUAGUGGUUCACCCUCAAUGUGAGAGCUACGUCCACGUUGCUGCUGCAGAUCUUAUUAAAGAAGAAAUAUUACAAGUGUUUACAACACUCAACCUCACAACCCCAAUCCCAAUUACACUCAAGAAUUUUACCACAGAAAAUUCUCUCAAAGACCUUCUCUUACUUAGGCCUUUCACUAAGAGUAUUUCUCUUAGAUUUUUUCUCUCUUGGGAUGUGUAUAGCAAAUGAUCUUAAUGAUAUCUUACAAAUGAACCAUAAGCUACCUAUUUAUAGGAAUGAAUUUCCUAUGAUGAGGUAAGCGCUUACAUCACGACUAUUAUGAGGUAAGCGCUUACAUCACGACUAUGUGAACAAAAGAAUUGGCUUGUUUGGCCAAUUCCACACCUAACAAAUCUCCCACUUGAAGACUAAUUUUAAUUUGUCUUCACACUUUGAUCGAUGCAGCAGCUCUUUCCUACUUUCAUACUUCGUGCAGGCCAACUGAAGUUGAGCAUAGCUU